AGGAGAUAGAUAGAAUUAUAUUAGUUCGAGUAACUUCCGCCGCGCGGCAAGCUUUGCCGUGUUCUAUAUGCAGGAGCCAUAAUUCAACUAUGGGACGCUCUAUCUAUCUUAGAAGUCUAUAAUCGCUACAUUGGAUACUGGUCGUGGGCAUUUGCUUGCAGGAGCCACUAAAUAAAAAAAAGAAGAAAAAGAAGGAAAUCUAAUUUAUCCAACGGAGUUAAACGGAAUUUAGAGAAAAAGAGUUAUAUUGGUUUAUUAUAUAAAUAAAUCGUUUUGAAUAAUCACGAAAUGAUUUUUGCUUCUGCUUUGCAAAGAGUUCCAAUAACGUGUAGCAGCAAAUCAUAUUUUCGAACUAUUAGUAAAAGUUCCGAUAAAUCUAUAAAUAUUAACGUGAUGAAAGAAAAUGACAUGCCAAUCCAAAUUGAAAAUCCCUAUGUUAAAGAAAAGCAAAAGUGUAUUCUUUGUAGAUUAAACAUUGAACCAGAUUAUAAAAAUGUAAGAUUACUUUCACAAUUUCAAAGUCGAUAUACAGGCAGAAUAUAUGGAAAACACAUAACUGGAUUGUGUAAACACAAACAGAUGAGAUUAGAACAAGAAAUUGCAAAAGCUCAAAGUGCAGGUUUAAUGGGUUACUGGACCAAAGAACCAGAAUACGUUAAAGAUCCAAAAUUGUUUGAUCCAAAUCGUCCAUUUAGACCACAUAAAUAUUAAACAAAAAUUAAUGUAAUAUAUACAUUGUGUGUCAUAUACAAAUGCUUGAUAAGACAAUUAUAAUUGCAUUAGUAUCAAUAAACUACUUUAUACAAA